CCCGCUCUAUCGCUCCAUCACCAUGGUCUCUCCCCACUUCGCUCUCGCCGUCGCCUCGACGCUGCUGGUCGCGUCGACGGUCUCCGCCGACGACGAGUGCUCGGCCAGCGUAAGCGAGUCCGUGAUCGUCAAGAUCGACAACAGCUCGUACUACGACACGUGCGCCGUGGCGGACGAGGGCGCCGACGUGACCUUCAACGUCUCGACGCUGUUCGAUGUACUCAACUUCACCGAGUCCGAGUUCAUCCUGUUCUGCAACUCGUCCACGUGCCUCGAGCCCGUGCACGAAAUGGUUCACUCGAUUCCGACGGACUGCCUGAUCCUGUACGAAGGCACCGAGCGCAACCUGUCGGAGGAGGUGACCGCGCUGCACGACGAGUGCCACAAGGCCCUUGGCACGGACGACGACGACGACGACACCACCGACAGCGACGACAUGUCCAUGAGCAUGACCAUGUCCAUGAGCGGAAUGGACAUGGGAGGCACCAGCUCGAGCUCCAAGGCGAGCUCCAGCUCCAGCGCGGCGUCGACUGUCACGAACGCCUUCGUCGCGGCUGCGGUCGCCGGAUGCGCCACGCUCGCGGCUCUGCUUUAGACCCACAACGAUAGCUUAGACUGACCAACUCCAAGCGUAUCAAAUAUAAACGAU